CAUCCUUUUACGCUCGCUAUCCUCCUCUGCCCAGAAUCCGCUCCGCUCCUUAGUACUCCUGCUGACAUGUCAUCGGUUGGCGAUCCAGAUAUUCCAGUCAACCUCGCCGUGCCAAAGACUUCCGCUACGCUGACUGUACGCAUCAUCAAGUCCUUCGAAUUCCGUACCGAGAAGAGCCUCGUCCUUCAUAAUGUCAACCUCGAGAAGGUAACUGUCGGCGAGUUGAAGGCGAUGGCCCGACAAGCCGUUCAGACACAACCCGGGUGGAAACCCUACCGUAGCACCGUUCUCAAUACCUUGAAGCUCUACACGAAGGCACACGGCGCUAAGACAUCAAAUCUGAUCAUUAACCUCGAUCACGACGAGUGGAUACUGAACGAUGACCUCAAGACACUCGCCGAUUGCGGACUUGAGAACGAGACAGAGAUUAGCUUCUUUAACGGUGAACAGUACGAACAUUUCAAAGCUCAUCCGGAGACGAAGUGGGAAGGCUGACUAUCUGACUAUCUGUUUAAUGCUGGCUUGACUCGACCACCCUUGCCACUUUGUAUUCUCUUGUCAUGUCAUGUCGUGCCCGGGCGUUCAAUGUUGCUCAUCUCAAUGUAUUUAUAUAUCAUAUUCUACAUUUGAACAUCCCAAUAUCUCUCUCCAAUCAGUUCAUCAUCGAGCUCUCUUUCCCAACUCCUCCAACACCAGGGACUGUCCUUGUAUCACAUCAGCCUGUUUGGGGGUUGAUGUCAUACUCGAGGGUACUGUCAACAAUAUUUGCU